AAGCCGGAGUUAUUUCCUCUUUCUUUUUUGGUUCCUACAGCCAUGAAUAACAAAUGUAUAUGCAGUUGUUUACAUUCUGAAACAUACACAAUGAAAUGAAAUACCAACUCGUCAGUGGCCAUCACAAGUUUAUCAUGAGAGAAUUAUGUAGAUGAUGUGGAAGAAUCAACCACAAAGAUCCCCACUUGCUGUUAAAAUAUGGUUUCCAAGUAGCAAAGCCAUGGGGGAAAUGAUAACGUCUGUUUGAAUUCGCUGCGUAAUCACUUUCAACCAUCUUAUUUGCUGCUUCAUGACGGCAGUGGAUCUUCCUUAGCUUUUGAUCCUAUUAGGACCUUCCUUACAAUCAUGGGAUUGCAUUGACCAAUUACUUUGCAUGAACAUCACAAGCUUUGGGAUGUUUAAUCGAGAAGUUACUGCAAAAUAUGAUUUGAUAGAGAAAAUACCCUCAAUUUCUCUCCUUGGCAGCCAAAGCUUAGAAUAGGACUUCCACUUCUUCCGUGGUGGGCCUCCACUCUCUUAAACACAAAAACGAUAGAACGAGGUUCUAGUGCCUCUCCAUCCAGGAACCUUUGAUCUCAGGUCCUUCUGAUGUUGACCCAUGUACCGAAACAUCACUUGCCAUACACCCGGCGGGCUUGAACAAGUCUGGACUAUUGCAAAAAGAUCUCGACGCCAAAAAAUUCAAAGUCCUUGGCUCGUUAGGCCAAUGGUAAUCAUAUUCCAAGAAUGCCAACCCUUGACAAUUUUAUGGGGGUGUCUCCAGUCUAACAAUAGCUUUGUCGUACGUUUCUGCCAUCAGAAAGAGAGUCGUUUAACUAAUAGAAAUAAACAGUAAUUUGUGUCAUCAACAUGCAAAACCCAAAAUUUCAGCCAACAGUUGCAUCACUGUAAGGUUCACAACCAAAAAGGGUACUUAGCAACAAAAUCAAACAUUAAACAUCUUAAUUAACAGGAACUGAUCAGCAUCAUAACUAAUAAAAAGAGUGUCUGAAAAACAUAAAAAAUAAAAAAAGUAUAAAUGGAAAGGAAAGAAACUUUAUCUUGUUUU